UGUACAGACGGGCCGGGCGUGCUCAGCCAUGUCCGAGCAGAGCGCAGAGGAGGUCGCCGUCGUACAGUUGGACGGCGUCCUACACGACGCCCUCAACAACGCUCUUGACGACGCCCUCGACAACAUCCUGCACGAUGACCAGGACGCGGCCACGUCAACGUCAUCCACGGCGACGGCCUGCGUGAGCACCGUCGCGGCGGCGUCAGGCGGCCUCGAUGGCGCCGACAAACACCUCGGUCACCACCACCACGUCCACAACCUGCUUGUCGUCCAGCAGGGGGAGCUCCUCAACGACAUGUCCGUGCUGGAGGACAAGAAAGCUGGGGAGGGUGGUGGAUACAUCAACAUGGAUGCAGGCGGUACUCCCCAACAGCUGUUGAAGGGUUUCAGCCCCCUAUUGGUGCUUACUGAAGUAGUGGGAUUGGUGCUUGUUACACUUGUAGCUGUUUGGUGUGGACAGAAAGGAUUUGCCUGGACAAGCAACCCUGAUCUAGAAUUCAACUGGCACCCUCUUCUCAUGGUAAUAGCAUUAAUAUUUUUGAAUGGCAAUGCAAUCCUCACAUUCAGAGUUCUGCGCAACAACCGCAAAGUUCUUUUGAAAUACAUCCAUGGGGGAAUUCAACUCUUCACUCUACCAUUGAUUGUGAUUGGGUUGGUUGCUGUGUUUGAUUCGCACAAUCUCCACAAGCCCACUCCUACACCAAAUCUAUACUCCCUACACAGUUGGAUUGGACUUGGUGCUGUAAUCAUGUUCUUUUCCCAGUAUGUGGUUGGUCUCACUGCUUUCCUCUUCCCUGGACUAAGUGCAGAGUAUAGAUCUUUUAUUCUUCCAUAUCAUGUCUUUAAUGGUAUUGCAAUACUUGCUUUGUCUGUUGGAGCAUCUUUGAUUGGAUUAAAUGAGAAAGCUUUUUUUGCCAUACCAAAUUACGGAGCAUUGCCUGGUGAAGCAGUACUUAUUAACAUGAUAGGUGUUGUAAUGGUUGUGUUUGCAUUACUUGUUGGGCUUCUUGUUACCAAAGCAGAGUACAAACGCACUCCACUUCCUGAAGAUGGAUCUCCAUUGCUUGCUGCUGCUUCUCGGCAAUAAAAUGACUCACAAUCUUUACCACAGAUUUGUGCAGCAAUCAUU